AUGGCCGACGUACCCAAUGUACCAGCAGGAAAUGAAGAGCGUCCCAUUAUUGGGGGAGGUGCAGCAGAUCGAACAGGCGAAGAAGAGCGCGGAAGAGGCAGAAGAGGUCGAGGAGUGACAGCAACUCCAGCCACCUGCCCAUCAUGUAAUAGAACAUUCAAUACACAAGCCGGUUUAGCCAUUCACAGAAGACGAGCUUCUGCCUGUAACCCUGCUAAUCAACCAGCUAGAAUUAGUGCUAUAAGCGUGUUGACUGUUGCAACCGUGUGGUUCUUAUAUGCAUUGUAUGGUAUUACCCGUGGAAUUUCAUAUGGCUUAUUAGGAAUUUAUUUCUUCAGUAAUUGCACACCUGUUAAAUUUCAUUCCUCUUUGGCAGUUCUUGUAUUAGGUAUUUUUGAAACAUUUGGUUUGAGUCCUUUGUAUCGUGCAUCAGCUCGAUAUAAUCGUUUUUCUCGAUGGUUCAGGGAAGCUUAUCGUAGCUUUCUACAAAUAUAA